GUGACGAAUUGAAGAAGUUACCACCGGGAAAUUACUACGUGGAUAGAAUUGAUGUGGAUGAGGAACGGGAGCUGGCGCGAGCCGCUGGAGUUGGCAAGUUGCCGUGUAUCGUUGUCGAGUCCCCAAAUGGGAGGAUGACGAGGCUGGAAGGUCUGAGGAGCGCUGAGGAUAUCAU